CGAGCACCGAACUCACUUCACCUUCCUUUCUGGGAGUCCCAAUAACAUCUGCGAUGGCAGUCUGUCUUAACACAAACCUGCGUCACCCUUCAAUCCGUUGCGAGGCCAAACCUUACCUUGCAUCGAAGCUUCAAUCUCCAUUUUUGUUGGGGAUUGGGAGACCAAGCUUGAAUGCACAAUUCUAUGGCAGCGUUCGUAAGAGCCUCCAGUGCGGGACUCAUAAUGAUAAUCCAACAAGAUCCCGUAUCACAAUGAUGCCCAUAGGCACGCCAAGAGUGCCAUAUAGAACUCCUGGCGAAGGAACUACGCAAUGGGUUGAUAUAUGGAAUGCCCUUUACCGAGAGCGUAUUAUCUUCAUUGGGCAGCAUAUGGAUGAAGCAUAUAGCAAUCAAAUUUUGGGAACAAUGUUGUACCUCGAUAGUAUUGAAGAUUCCAAAAGGCUUCACUUUUUCAUUUGUAGUCCUGGUGGAGAUCUUACUCCAAGCCUGGCAAUCUAUGACACAAUGCAGAGCUUGAAGAGUCCUUCAACCAUGUUCUGUGUGGGUUAUGCCUAUAAUCUAGCAGGUUUCCUUGUUGCAGCUGGAGAAAAGGGCCAUCGCCUUGCAAUGCCUCUUGCGAGAAUUGCCCUACAGUCUCCAGCUGGGGUAGCUCGUGGUCAGGCUGAUGACGUUCAAAAUGAAGCAAAUGAGCUUCUCAGAAUCAGAGAUUACCUUUAUAAUGAGUUGGCCAAGAACACAGGUCAACCUGCUGAGAAGAUUUACGAGGACUUGAGUAGGAUCAAACGCUUUAGUGCUCAAGAAGCUCUUGAAUAUGGACUCAUUGAUCGUAUAGUCAGGCCUAGUCGUAUUAAGCCAGAUGCACCUCGCAAAAGUGCAGAUACAAUUCUUGGUUAGGUUUUCUGUUUCCGCUCCUCAAUUAGCAGUACUACAUGUUUGUAUGUUUUCUCAACUCUAAGUUUGUUUACUUUACAUUUAUGAUUAGUCAUUCAACUUACUGAUUUAAUAUAAAAAGAUGCUUUUG